UUUGGGCAAACAAGAAGCUUAAGCAACACGUAGCCUUACCACACACCCUGAGCUCUAGUAGCACACCCCCACAGGCCACAGCUAGCCAUGUCUCUGCCCACGUUAAUCUUCGCGCUCCUCGUCGUGAGCAGCGCCGUCGCCGCUCCCCGUGCGCACGCGGCACGGGAGCUCGCCGGCAACGACGCCAUCGCCGUCGACGCUGCCAUGGUGUCGAGGCACGAGAAGUGGAUGGCGGAGCACGGGCGCACGUACGCGGACGAGGAGGAGAAGGCGCGGCGCCUGGAGGUAUUCCGCGCCAACGCCAAGUUCAUCGACUCGUUUAACGCCGCGGAGGAGAGCAGCCACCGGCUGGCCACCAACAGGUUCGCCGACCUCACCGACGAGGAGUUCCGCGCCGCGAGGACCGGCCUCCGGCCGGUGGCUGGCGCGGGGAGCGGCGCCGGCGGGUUCAGGUACGAGAACUUCAGCCUGGCCGACGCGGCUGGGAGCAUGGACUGGAGGGCCAUGGGCGCCGUCACCGGCGUCAAGGACCAAGGCUCUUGCGGCUGUUGCUGGGCGUUCUCGGCGGUGGCGGCGGUGGAAGGGCUGACCAAGAUCCGCACGGGGCGGUUGGUGUCGCUGUCGGAGCAGCAGCUGGUGGACUGCGACGUGAACGGCGACGACGAGGGCUGCGCCGGCGGCCUCAUGGACAACGCCUUCGAGUACAUGGUCCGCCGCGGCGGCCUCACCACGGAGUCGUCCUACCCGUACCGCGGCACGGACGGGUCGUGCCGCCGCUCGGCCUCGGCCGCGUCCAUCCGGGGGUACGAGGACGUGCCGGCCAACAACGAGGCCGCGCUGAUGGCGGCCGUGGCGCACCAGCCCGUGUCCGUGGCCAUCAACGGCGGCGACAGCGUGUUCCGGUUCUACGACAGCGGCGUGCUGGGCGGGUCCGGCUGCGGCACGGAGCUCAACCACGCCAUCACGGCGGUCGGGUACGGCACGGCGAGCGACGGCAGCAAAUACUGGAUCAUGAAGAACUCGUGGGGCGCGUCGUGGGGCGAGCGCGGCUACGUCAGGAUCCGCCGCGGCGUGCGCGGCGAGGGCGUCUGCGGCCUCGCCCAGCUCGCGUCCUACCCUGUCUAGCCGAUUCGAUCAGUGGUACACGUCACUAGCUGGCUUGUUUGGUUCGCUACGCUAUAAGCACCGUACGUUCCUGACACGCUUAUCCGAUCGACUAAACUAGCUACUCGUAGAUAAAUAAUCUGACAUUAAUUAAGAUUGCGUGUGUACAUAUAGAUGUGUAGAUGAUAAAUAGGUACUGUAACGACGCGACCCAAUCAAAGUAUGUGCGGGUUGCUUGUAUUGUCGUACGUAGCUGCGUGUGAUCUAUCAUGAAACCAUGAUGAAUGUGUACAUAUUGGCUUGUAAGUUGUAACCACAGAACAUGUAUUGUAAUGAGUAUUUCACCGCGAAAAUUAUACAGACGAUGUAUUAGGUUGCGUA